AUGAGAUCAACCCCAGAAUUACCCUUCCGUAUACUAACCCAUAACAUCCGAUAUGCCACCCCAUCCCCUUUCAAGGGUGAGCGGCCGUGGAAUGAGCGGGAGCAACUGCUGUUGAACGAGCUCCACUACAACACUCGCUUCGGCAGUGAUACCUUCAUCUGCCUGCAGGAGGUCCUUCACAAUCAACUCGUGGAUAUUCUUACGGGCUUGAAUUCGAAAUCGAAGUCAAAGUCUUUGGAAUGGGCCUUUAUAGGAGUUGGCCGGGAUGAUGGGCAACAGGCCGGAGAAUACGCACCCAUCUUCUACCAACCAUACGUCUGGACUCUUCAGUCGCGGGAGACAGUUUGGCUCUCCGAGACUCCCAACAAGCCAUCAAAAAGUUGGGAUGCGGCCUCCACCCGCAUUGUCACCAUCGGCGUCUUUACUCAUCAAGAAACCGGAAAUACAGUCCUCGCAAUGAACACGCACCUGGAUGACCAGGGUUCUCGCUCCCGGCUUGAAGCAGCACGUAUCAUUCGUUCAAAGAUCCAUGAGUAUCGAACUGGAGAAUAUGGGGGAUUGAUCUCCGGUGGUUUCUUGUCUGGGGAUCUAAAUAGCGAGGAGGAUCAAGAAGCGUAUCAAGAUUUGACGGGGUCAGGAGACCUCCUCGAUACCUUCAAAAUGGUUGAACCUUCGCACCAGUAUGGCAAUACCAAUACCUUCACUGGGUUUGGGUAUGAGUCAGAACCAGCAAAGCGAAUCGACUAUGUCCUUCUAGCCUCUGGUGGAAAUCAGGAAUGGCGAGUGGAUGGGUAUUCUGUACUGGCCAACCGGUUCGAUGACGGGGUGUUCAAUUCAGAUCAUCGUGCUGUAGUUGCUGAUGUGAUGCUAUUGGGAUGA